AUGUAUAUUUAAAAGAUUGCUAGAUAGAUCAUAAACAGAAGUUGUUUUUCUACAGCAACAAUAAAUGAAGGGACAUUCUUAGAUUAAGUGAUGGCAUAUUUCAAUAAGGCUGCUGGACAUACAAAAAUAAGUCAGGAUAAAUUGGAGUAAUGAUUAUUAUUAAAAGGUUUUUAGCUUUUACAAGAGUACUGAUAUAGUGAUAAAAUUCAAUCUGCCAUUAGUAAGAGAUAAUGGAACAUAUAUUUGUGUAAUAGAUUGAUAUGAAAUAUUUAGGUACCUGCAUAUAGAGCUUAACAUAAGACUUAUAGACUUCCAACAAAAGGAGGAACAANUUUCUUAAAAUUUUUCAUGGAUGGAUUAAUUGAUGUUUACUCUAUCUUAUUUAUAUAUUUUAAAAUAUUAAUAAUCCCUUUUAAAGGAUUCUAUCAAAUUAGAUACUGA